AUGCCAUUUUUUCUUCUUCAUCCUUGUAACUCUUCCUUAUUCUUUACCUGCAACUCCUUCAUUUUCAGCAAGAAGCCAUUAACAAACUCAACCCAACAAGUAUCUCUAACCCCCCAUAAAUUUUGUUAUUUUCCCAAUAUUCUUCUUUCCACUCCUCAUGGUUCAAUCUUUACUAAGAAAGUUUCGAUUUUGAGUGGUGCCCGCUUCAAGUUUUGCUCUAGGAAUGGUGGGUUUGAUGGGGCUUCGAGUGAUUCAUCUCGAGAUGCCAUUGAUGAUGAAAUUCAAGAGCUUGAAGGUAUUGAGCUGUUGAGCAAGCCUUCACCUGUUUUAGAAGUUGAGAUAGAACAAGAGAAACCUUCGGAAGAGGAGGAGUUAGCGCCGUUUUUGAAGUUUUUCAAAGAGAGUAAGGAUAAUGUGAAGGAAGUUGAAGAAGAUAAUGAGGUAUUGGAAGUUUCUGAAGAAAAAGAUAAUGUGAGUGAUGAGAAUGAAAAGGAAGAUGAUGAUAAGAAGGUUAAUGUUGAGUACUAUGAGCCGAAACCCGGGGAUUUUGUGGUUGGUGUUGUUGUUUCUGGUAAUGAAAACAAGCUUGAUGUGAAUGUUGGGGCAGACUUACUAGGUACAAUGUUAACCAAGGAAGUGCUUCCUUUGAAUAGUAAAGAAAUGGAGAAUUUGUUAUGUGAUGUGAAUAGGGAUGCCGAGGAUUUUACGGUUAGAGGGAAGAUGGGAAUUAUAAAGAAUGAUGAAGUAAUGAGUGGAGUAUCAGUGCCUGGAAGGCCUAUUGUAGAGACCGGAACCGUUUUGUUUGCCGAGGUUUUAGGUAGAACACUUAGUGGUAGGCCGUUGCUUUCUACUAGAAGACUUUUUCGCCGGAUUGCUUGGCGUCGAGUGAGGCAGAUACAACAGCUCAAUCAAGCUAUUGAGGUUAGAAUUACAGAAUGGAAUACUGGCGGCUUGUUAACAACGAUUGAGGGUUUGCGGGCUUUCCUACCUAAAGCUGAGCUUGUGACACAAGUAAAUACCUUUACCGACUUAAAAGAAAACGUGGGACGCCGAAUAUUUGUAGAAAUUACUCGAAUAGAUGAAGCUAAAAACUCUUUGGUACUUAGUGAAAAACAAGCUUGGGAAAAGCUAUAUGUUCAGGAAGGGACAGUUAUAGUCGGAACAGUAAAAAAGAUCUAUCCGUAUGGAGCACAAAUUAAGAUCGGAAAAAGUAACAGAAGUGGGUUGUUGCAUGUUUCAAAUAUCACACGAGCUGAAGUUACUUCUGUCAGUGACAUACUUUCUGUGGAUGAGGAGGUUAAGGUUCUUGUCGUGAGGUCAAUGUUCCCCGACAAAAUUGCUCUAAGCAUUGCAGACCUUGAAAGUGAACCUGGCCUCUUUCUUUCAAACAAAGAGAGAGUAUUUUUGGAGGCUGAUAUGAUGGCACAGAAAUAUAAGCAAAAGCUACCUUAUUGUCCUCCUAUUGUCACUACAAGAGCACCUUUGCCGACAAGUGAUUUGCCAUUUGAAAAUGAAGCACUUUAUGCAAACUGGGAGUGGUUUAAAUUUGAAAAAUGA